CUUUAUCUUUUCUUUCAACUCCGACCCCCAGCUGGUGCUGGACUGGUUGCAGGAUUUUUGUAUUAUUUAGCUUUCUAGUGUACUUUCCAUGCUUCCCAACAGUCCUCGCACCAUGCCUGGAGGCUUGCCUUCUGACAUUUGAGGUCCCAACGUUCGCUUGCCUCAAUUUCGCGUGAACCGUCUCGUGCUGGUCCUCCACUACCCUCGCCACCUACUUCAUCGGAAUACAGUCGUAGCUGGCAAAGGAAAUAUACCCCACAAUCCCCUCAAUCCUCAUCGUCUUACGACUCGACGUCGUCCCGCAUUUCUCAGGACUCUUCAUCUACAGUUUCCUCUGCCUCUUCGAUAUUCGAUCGGGUUAAGAACGGAGCCGCAAGUUAUGCCUCCUCAUUCACCAGUAUUGAAGACCAUGACAACGAGGUUGAUAACGAUUCUCGAGGACGCUCUAUGCGGAAGCCACAUUUGCUGCCAUCUCUUUCAGCCCCUCUACCAGAGGGUUGAAAUGGAAAGAACUGAUACUGGUACCGGUGACGGCUAUACCGUGUGGAACCGUGUAGCUACAGCUGCUAGCACGCUGACCAUUAGUGUCAGCAAAGCCUGGGCAGCCAAUGUGUCGGUGCUUUUGGGAGAAGAAACUCCACCUGGACAGGAAUCAAGAUUGACAAGAGCAAUGAAGGCGUAUCAUAUCGAGAAAGCUCGAGACUCUAGCGAGCUCCCUGCGUUUCUUUUUGCAGAACACGAGCGACAACCUCGUAAACGCCCUCCCAGAGUUGAAGAACAGCAAGUGGCCCCUCACAAUGUUCGCAGCGGCAGAGGGCGUGAAGAGGGAUCAGGAGUCAGAAAUCGCAAGGUCCCCGAAUCAGCUUCCACGUUGAAUAGAUCUAUCAACCGAAGCACAGCUCUCAACAACAACAUGGAACUGUCGAAACAAUCACAGACGGGUACAGAUCGUUUGAAGGCUCUUCGUGAGGCGAGACGUACACAAACAACGACUGCAUCUGAUUUUCAUGUUACUACCGAACAAGCUGCCCCCCAACUUCCUCGGCCAAGGGUUGGCCUCCCCUCAACUCCUGGACCUCGCCGUAGAUGAAUGCGAUUUUCAGACCACACACACUCGUUGGACAGAUGGAUGGAAACGAUCACU